AUUAAGUAUUCUGCCACCGUUCACCGCCCUCAUUGUGUACUGGCACGUCGUCAAGCUUCUUUGUUUCCAGUUCAUGUGCCCCGCUGUCGGCAGCUGCUACAGUCACGGGCCUUCCGGGGACCUUUUACAGCGUCGAAACACAGAGGUGACAGAAGGGCCCCCCCUGUGUUCGGGACUGACACCCCUGGGGUCGCGUGGAUCCUCCUCUCCAGGCUGGUCCCGCUGUCCGCUUCGAUGGAACAGGGGCAGCAAGGGGAAAGUGAAGCUAGCGUAGGAGUCUAUACCGUCAUUGCCUCUUUCUUUAUCAUUUGAAACCAUGGACCCGUUGGCGAUGUUGGCUUCAGUCUCUCCUUCCUCCCUUGACUUGUUGAGCCUCGUCUAUAAGUUGCCGACAUAGCAAGCAUACCUUAUUAAAAACGACAUAAACACCAAAACAUCAUGACGACCCUCAUGGAUCCGGCCACGCAGGCCCCCCUCCCCGCCGACGCCAUCCAGCGCAUCCUCCACAUCACCAACUCCUCGGUCCAUAUCUACCAGAUCCCCCCUAUGCGCUCGACCAAGGGCCACAUGGCCGCCGACUGGACCGUCGACCCCAAGGCGCACAUCUUCACCGGCCGGGUGCGCAUCAUCGAGACCUCGAUCCCGCCGCAGACGCCCGAGCAAGUUGGAGAAAAGGACACGGUCAAGGUAGACAUUGUGCUCGAGGACCCCGCCACAAACGACCUGAUCGCCGCCGCCCCUUACACCACCCAGGCCGUCGUCGAGGCCGCCAUCGACAGCAGCCGCUUCUUUGCGCUGCGCGUGCAGGAUCCCAACACCGGGAAGAAGGCCAUGCUGGGCAUCGGCUUCGAGGAGCGCAGCGAGGCCUUCGACUUUGGCGUGGCCCUGCAGGAGGCCCAGAAGUCGCUGGGCCUGAUCGAGGGCGUGGCGCCCCUGAUCAAGUCGGGCAAGAACAAGCAGGAGGCCGAGGAGAAGAAGGAUUACAGCUUGAAGGAGGGCGAGACCAUUACCGUGAACUUGAGCGGGACCAAGUUCGGAAGGAGAGCGAGGCAAGACCGCCCUUUGUCGACGGACUUGGGUAGUGAUUCACAGCCUCCUUUGUCGGCCUUUUCACUCCCUCCUCCCCCAUCAUCAUCAUCUGCUAUGCCUUUCUUGCCGCCUCCGCCUAGCAGUGGACGUGGUGGGCACAGGAGACAACCAUCUGCGCAGGAGUUAGGGUUCGACGAUGGACCGAACGGCAUGUUUGAAUGAGCAAACAAGUUAUAAAGGCAGGAAAAUGGAGAAACAGACAUAUCAACAUACAGGACUUCAACGGAUCCGAGACGCGGAAAGCGACAUGGCUGACGAGAACGGACAAGAAACGGCCAUACCAUCAAAGUCACAACAGGACUUGUUACUAUAAGCAGCCUCCCCGCGCAAUACUUAUA